AUGAUCACCACGGAAAAAUCCAAGGACUUUAGCAGCUUCGGCGAAGAGGGAACGCUCAAAGGCGGUGUUGCCACACUGCACGGCUGCGGCGGCACUUGGUUUAUAUGCGGAGGGAUCUUCAACCCACACAAAUGCAAGGUUGGUAAGCACAAUUACUACGUGCCGUACCUCGCCUGGCGACCCAGAACAUCUGACGAUGACACGAGUGACGACACGACUGUCAAUGAUGAUUCCUUGCAGUACUUCCACGGAGGCUGUACACUGUCGGCGCCAAUUCGUUCAAGUGAGUGCGUAGCAGCAGCUGCCAAUGCUUGUACAAAACACUACCCUGGCACCUCGGGAAUGAUUCAAGAGGUGGGAGCCACCGACGUGAUGGUCGUAUGCUUCCAGGCGGUCACAGUACAAGAUUUCGAAAUCUCACAACUAACCGAAAAGCACGAAGGUUGUACGUCUGUGGUGGACGCCCAGAAAGAUGUGUGUGUUGCCGCUCAGAGACGAAUUUGUGACAAGAGCGCCGUUGCACAGCAAUUAGGAGCCUCGGUUAUAGGCACAGCCUGCUUUAACGCCGGCCUGGAAGAGAAUGUGCUUCUCAGCGACUUAACCGCGCUACAUGAGGAAUGUAACAGUGUGGGAAGAUCACAGGACUCAUCCACCGCAACUGCGAAGAGAAAGGGUUCCAAGGCGGAUUAUCACAAGAGGUUGGAACUCAGGAAUUCCUCGUGGCCUGCUUUGCCAAUGAAGGUUCGCAUGUCAUGCAGGUCGACCGAUCAUAAUUUGAGGCUACGUUUAUAG